AUCUGACAUGCCGGUGCACAAGAUUGGAACCGUUUUAACCGAUAGAAGAAACGUAGAUCGUAUUCGAAUCAAGUCGAAGCUUUUAAACCGUGUACACGUUUUCUUUAAGGGAGCAUUUUUAAAGUAACCCGUUCGCAAACGAUUUUCUUUCACCAAGGGAGUCCACGGAGAGCAAAGUCUGGGAAGCGCUGCUGUAGAACAUCGGGCGCGCGAUGCCUCCUCGACGCAGCGUUCGAGGGAUCCCCAUAGAGCGCCAUAAGGUUGACGCGCCUGAUUUGAACCUUCCAGGCACAAACGUCCAUCGAGCUUGAACCGUGUUACGGUGCCAGCGACAAAAGUAUUAGUGCCGACAACGAAAUUCACCACGCUCGAGAAGGUAUCACGCGUCCCGAGCUUAAGUACGAUAUUCUUACAAUUAGUACAAGCACAGUACUCGACUGUAUAGAGAGACAGGCGGAAAGAGAGCGAGUGAAAGAUAAGAACGAGUGGGAGCGAGCGAAAGUAAGAGUGCCAGUGAGAACACGGGAAAGCCAAUCAGGGGUUGGCAGGAGGGGGAGAAAAAGCGAAACAGUGUGCGUGCGUGUGUACGCGAAUGAAAGGAAAGCAAGAGAAUGUGCGCGCGCGCUUGAGCGAACGAGAGAGUACAGAGAGCACGUAAAAAUAACGCGACUACAACUUCCGCUCAGCGCCUCGAACGCAAAACAUACAUUGUAAUCGUAAUUUCUUUGUCGCCAUGUAUUUGCCAACGAACGAUGAUUUAUUAAUUAUUACUUUUUUUUUUUCUCUCCAUUUUAUAUUAAUAUUAUUUAGGGAGCAAUAAUUAUUAACGAUGAUACGCUACGAUGAUAACGAUAUUCUUUCUAGAUAAUUUUUUUUUUGCUUGUUCUCUUGCGACGAAUUCGCAUGCAUGUAAACCCACGUAUAUACAGAACACGUUAUUGUAGCACACGAACAAUCGAGCGUGCCGUCGCCGCGCUCGCCGAGAUCAAGAGUAUCGCUCGCAGCGGCGAAACGGGGGAUGAAAUCCACGCGUACACGUAACACCUACACGUACACUCACACACGUACACAAGAUGACGAAUAAUAAUGACGCGUCGCCGUUUUAUUGGCUUCGUUGUAUCGCGCGAGAAAAGUCGCUUGCUUGUGAAAUUCGUGGAACGAUCGGCCGUUGGGAUCGCGCGCGGACGACGCCUUCUUGCCUUCGAGUCACUCGCUCGCGCGAUUAUCCGCGCUAGUCCGUCGACUGGCCGGUCGUUCGCUUCCUAUUUUCUACCACUGUGCUUCCUUUUCAUUUCUUUGUACACGUAUCGUUUCGACUUUUCGAACAUUCCAAAAUGCUUGUUUCCCUCCUUUUUUGUCAAUUUGUAGAGAGCCUUGUAUUCGAUUUAGAGAAAAAUAAAGUCUAGAAAGGCAAGUACUCCGUGUUUCCUGUUCUUCUUGCCAGCCCUCAGACCACGCCGUGGAUUUCCAACGACUUUCGCCUGGACUUCGACGAGAGGAACACGACUGGGAGAAGCAUCGAUCGGUACGAAAAUAUUUUAUCGCACUUCCGCAUACUGACCAGUUUUAUUUUUCGCAGGUGUUCCGGCCGUGGAUCAUCCGACAUGGCGAUUUCUACGAAGAGGACCAUCGCGGACGCAGAAAAGAGCAUUCUUAACUUAUCCCGACCUCUGCCAAAUUUCCUUCUUCGAAACUAUGCCUCUUGCGAUCUAUCGUCGAACCACUGUCAUGGAUCGUGUCUAGAAUUUUGUCAUUAAUCGACGCGUGUGUUGAGUUCCAGGUCCGCGAGUGCUUCAAGAAGGCAACGGCUCCCUUGCAGCCGGAACGGAAGAGAAGAAACCCUAGGUACAUACGCAAAGAAAAUUCAGUUUCAUCAACGAUCCGUCCACCAAUCGCAACGUGUUCUCCCGAAGAAGCGUUUUGCAUAAAAGCGCGUCAUUAACGAUCAGCUCGUUCCCGCAGAGCGCGAGAACGUACCCCUGAGAGGAUCUCCUCGGCGAUAGAGCAGCCUGCGAGGAGAUCCUCCGCGAGUAGAAUCACCAAAUAACCCCGAGAACGUAAUCGUCCCCCGUUGAUCCUCCUCCCCUUUGACAUGCUCGUUGUUGCUAAGCUUGAGAACAUGAAUGUUUUUUCUUUUUAUCGCAUGGCCCGCGCCGUUGUAAAGAGCAGUCGUGUAACCAACGAACCACGUAGAGAACAAAAAGAGAUCCCGGCAAAACUAAUCGAUCCGUCGAAACCUCUGUUUCGAUUGUUCGCAGGUUUCUUCGCGAGCCUGGGCUGGAAUUCAGAUGGAACGAGGCGUGUGUCGCGGGCGUCUUUGAACGAGACGGUGCCGGCGCCGUUGACGCCCCAGCGUCGCGCCAGACUCCACUGUCCCUCGCGUCAUCCCCCCAGAAGCAGCAGCAGCAGCAGCAGCAACAACAACAACAACAAUCAACCGAUCGGCAGCAUCUCGGGCCAAGAUCGUCGCCACAACUGCUCCAGUUGCGGCAAGAGCUACAAGAACGCGUACAUCCUCAAGAGACACUUGCGCUUCGAGUGCGGCAAGGAUCCCUCGUUCAACUGUCCUCACUGCGCCUUCAGCUCCAAGUACGAGAGGAACGUGAAAGCACACAUUAACCACCGUCACGUUGUAGCGCAGCCCUCGCAGUCUGGCACUGCCGUGAACCAGAGGGCCUGAAGGAGAGUCCUAUCCAGCCCUAGAGGGCGAAAGAGACGAACGAGCGCCCGUAAGAGCCGAGAAUCGCCGAAACGGGCGCUUCGUUAGGUCGCGAUUAAUUUAGAGAUCUUGGAAAUCGUGUACGCCAGGUGACACGGAUUCGUUGGGUUGCAGGCUUAGCUGUACAGUUUUGUCUUUCGCGUGAAAGAAUUCUUGCGCUCGCUAUGAUUCGACGACGAAACAGUCGACUUGCGAGGAGUCUGAGUUUGUUCGUGUUUCCCGAGUCGAUUCCUUCGGUUGUCGAACCUUAGAGAGUUUCAGAGACCACUCGUGCCGGCGACUGUAGCGUUCGGUGGAGGUCUCUUUUUAUAGGAGAGGAUUUACUACCCAUACAGGCCUCUACCAAAAGCCAGAAAGUUGCCGACACGAAUUAAUCCUUAUUCUGUCGAGAACUUCGAAGUAGUUCUAGAAGUAUACCUAGGAAGAAAGAAUCCGUAUCAUCCGCGUACCUAACCCAGCCAUGACAACGUUGUGCAACAAUUUACUUGCGUUUUCAACCAAAAGGACUAUACAAUGUUACGUUUUCUCUUCCACUUACACGACAGCUCUUUUUUUAAUAAGUUUCGUUACCAAACAAUUUGAUUCGUUUUAAUUUUUAAUUAUUCUUUUCAAAUUUUUCAAGACGAAUUCUUGCCGCGCUAACGCAAGUUCUUGAUAAUUAGUCGGACGGAGUACAACAAACUGAUCUUGACUGACGCGAUUCGAAAUAGUCGCGUACAUGUGACAAUACACUUCCGUCAUGCAACUCGAAUGAAUUCGCUUUGCUUUAGCUUCCCGUUGGGAACGCGGUAACCAGAGUUGGAGAGUGCUCGUCGUUUUUAAAUCGAGUCGACGAGAAUUAAAGACGGUCUCGUCGCUCUUGUUACAAAAAAAGUAGCGACUCACCGUGACGCCAUGGCGCGAAGCCGUUGUUGGAUCCCAUUUAACCAUGUAUAAAGGGGGAUAUAUAAUGUAAAACGCAUUGUUGAAUAUUUUAGGAGGCUCGAGAAGAGCGCCGGAAAAGUCUGCUGAAGUGUACGCGAAAAUACGGAGGAAGGUGAUGUUACACAGAAAUAUUAUAUUUUCCAAAUUUAAAGGACAAAAGUGAAAUACAAAAAAGUUGUCGAGGUAAAGGUGUUCGAUUGGAGGAGGAAUGCAUCGCGAUUAGUUUCUAUUUGGAGGCAUUGGUCUCAUCCGAAGGUUGAUCGUAUUCUUUUUUCUAACGGGAAAUCGUUGGAAAAAUUGGGGCAUUCUAUUGAGAAAAAAUAAAUUCGACCCUCGGAUAAUGUCGAAUGCCUUCGGUAAUGAUCUAAACGGAAUGGUUUCUUUGUUCCCCUUCGUGUUUCGAGAACAACUCGAUCGAUUUACGCGAGUCACCCGGUGUUUAGCAGAAUCUCGAAGAAUGACAAAAUAAACGUUUGUUUGACGACGCCAUUCGACGCCACCGAUGGUUUUUGCUUCGCGGUUGCUCGAGCGUCGCGAGCAACGUGGCACUUUUCCGGGAUCUUUUCGAGUUUUUGGCAGAUCACUAAAUUGCCCACUUAUUUUUGUACUAAUUAUAAGGGAAGCAGGUGUUUCCCCGCGAGCCAUCACGGAUACGGAAACGAACGUUUGGCGACAGGGGUUCCGUGAUCUGUUGAUCGAAUCGGUCGAAGGCAGGCCAGCUCGAUGAUCGUGGCCGCGUAAAUAGCAUGAUUCGACGGCCAUGGCGAUCGAGUUGCGCACAGAUAUCCUGCGACGAUCGAGAGAAACAAGUCUCGAUUCUUAUCGUUAGUCGAAAGAGUCGAGGUUCUCGGUGCAACGAAAAAUCUCUGACAGUAGCAACUAGUAUCCCGGUUCUAGCUCUCUAGCGUAACCUAGCUUAAGUAACGUUCAGAAAAUCUAGUCAGGCAAACGUUAGUCCUCGUUCGCGAAUGACGGUUCCUCCCGUGUGACGUCGAGGGGACCGGUUGAACGGAAAAAUCGUUCGAGCAUCGUUGCCUUUUUAUUGUUUCAGCGCGAUAAAAGGCUCGUCGUCGUCCACGCGGGAGCGAUGUUACAUUAUUUUUGUCGGAGAUUGUGCGUAGAUUUUGCGAACCGACGACGUGGUCGAACGAGUUUAGGGAUCGAAAGUGUAUAGAAAAGGAUUCCACGUCGAUUCGUUCGACGACUUGGCGCCGGUUCCUUUCGUUUGAAUUAGAGUCGUCUAGUUUAGAGAAAGGUCUAAGUAGACCGCUACCUACCAUAGAAUACCCAAGAUAGAGAGUAUAUUUAAAUCAAAAAAAUAUAUAUAUAUAUAUUAUAUAUAAUAUAUUAUACAUUAUACAUAGACAUAUACAUAUACCUAUUGCAUAGUAAGUUUACAGUGAUGAUGUAAAUUGUAAUUGAAAAUCGUACGCAUACGUUGCGGUUGAAACAGAAACAUGUCUUUCCACGUGGCUUGGCCGGAACACGGGAUCCGUCGGAUUCGAGUUUUUAUCGCGCGUGGAUCUCUGUGAUAACGUUAGUAAUCGAUACCGGUAAACGAACCUCCGAAAUCUUCGACGGUGAAACAUUGUGUUCUCAAAAACGCAGAGGAAACAUUAUUUUGAGAGCGAACAACGACUUUACGAUCAUUUCCGUCACCAUCGUGAACAGUACGAUACAUUCGAUACGAUCCUCGCGACAAAUUCGCGCGACACCACGAGCUUCCUUCGAGACCCAACGAAUUCGAGAAUACUCCUCGAUCAAGGACCAAAGACUCGACAAAGAAUUAUACCGUGACAGGAUUCUAGUCAAAUCGAAGCCCGACGACGAUCCGCGCACCGGCCAAGCGUGAAUCAGCGAAGAAGCGUAUAUCGAUAAUACUAUAGAGGCGUUGAAUCUCGUAUUUAUCCUCGUAGGAUUAGAGAAUUUUACCAAACUUUCCAGUUUCACUAUCUUCCUCUCUUCUCUCACAAUCUCAGCUCUGUCUCCUCUGGGCACGACCUGUGCUCCGUUCGAAAUACUCUAGCGAGCUUUUUGAGCGUCUCGCUUACUCUUACCCUUAAGCGUCUUCUAUCUUAAAUCUUGAUAAUUAUUCAUAGACAAGCUUGUAUGUAUACAAAUUGACGGAUGGCGUUUCUCCUGUCUCGCGCUAGCUAUUAUUUAUCUUGCGUUAAGACUCUAAACCAAAGAGUGGAAACGUGCAGCGAAUAACAGCUACUUCGAGACUGACAAAACGAUCAUCCUCUAAUCUUGAGAAUUGUUCGAUCGAAUCCAAGUUAGACCUAGAUGUUGGACGAUCUUAGACCUAGAUGUUGGACGAUCGACCGCUUCUUUCUUCGGUCAUCGUCAACGGUAUCUCUCGACUAUUCUCUCGCUCGACUUACCCGUCUUUCGUGUCAGAGAUCGCGAUCGUCUCGUCGAUGAGUUUUGAAAGAGCUUUUUGGAAAGAGAGCAACGUCGACGAGAUCUUCGAGACGAAACUGUGAACCUCUCAGCUUCUACGCGCUGGUCCUCGUUGGUCUUGAAAACUUUCACGCAGACUCGUGUCGAACUAUUUGAAAGCUGCACGUGCUGAACGCCCAGCCUCUUCCGUUUUUCCUUCGCGACCUUCUUUGUGCCAAAGAAUUCGAAGCGGUUUUUUAAGAAGACUCUCGCGCGUCGUUCGAGUCGACUCCAUGUGCCUAAAAUGUGAUCAGAAUGCUACUGUUAUCAGUGUGAACUGAAUGUUAUUGUUAUCGAUGUCGUGUUUUCAUAUCCGUUUUCGUACAGAACCGCGAGAUCCCCAUCCGAGCGUACAGAAUUGUAUCCUGUUUUAUUCGAACGUUCAAGCCGAAACCAGCAAAAUUAUUUUUAGAGAUGCAAUCUUUAGCGAUCGAUCGUUUACAGACGGCGGAACGUCGUUCGAUGACCCGUUGAAACGAACGUUGUUUUUACCCAAGCGUUGCGGGAACAGAACGUGUCUUCCAACGAUGAGCAGUAUAGAAAACGAAGGAUUAAUCGUUAACGGUGAGCCAAGAGGAGUUAAAUUUUCAGCCAAGCUUGCGUUUCACGGUCACAAUUUUCGCACGCGGACGAAUAAAAGUGUAGCGUAAACAGAAGCGCAAAGACUGAUAACAAAAAUCGUAAGAAGUGAGAGGUAUACAUGCAUUUAUUAAAAGCGUCUGUUAUCACGUAACGUAGAUACGAUAGCGUCAGAGGGUAACGCGACAGAAAUUCGUCGCUGAUUGCCGUUUGCGAUCUAGGAUAUGGUGUCAAAAGAACAGAGAUCGAAGAAAACGAUUAAUACCGUGCUGGGAAAAGAUUUCAUCGAAUUUAUUUGACAGGACGAUCGUGAAAUCGAAUUCAAAGUCGAAUAAAUGAAAUGGAGAUCCUUUCAAGCACGCUUCCGUUGAUUUUGCAACCCUUGUGCCAAUAUAAAUCAGGCUAGCUAUGCGAUAUAGUUGAUACACCAAAUGCCUAUAGAAUUAUUUUCAAGCCACGUUAUACGUAAAAGCCAGGCGAUUCGCUGUAUACGCGUGUACAAAUAAUCGAUCAAGAGACGGAGAUUAUGUUUAUACACGUAUACACACGCGACGAUGUUCGAGGUGACAUUUAAGUUUAAGUGGAAGUAUCCAGUUCGUGACAAAAUUCGUAGUAUAAUCGGGAGUGAUCUUUCGUGAAAAAGUGAAUAAAAAAAGUGAAAUAAAAUUUGUUUUGACACGAGGCUUUGGUUUUCUUGGAAAAUCAAUCUUCAAAAUUCAUGUUCUAACUAGUGAGAACCAAUUAAAAUCGAUAAAACCACCGUCAGCGCUUGCAAAGAUCAGUGCAACUAGUUACAGUCAAUAAUGGUCAGACAUGGACACAUUUCUAGUAAACAAAGCCCCGUUUGGAAAAAUGUUAUACCACAAUUUCGAUGCAGUUUUACACCAGGAAUCGUUCCCUUAUACCACUAAUUUUGCCACACCUGCGUACAGUAUGUAAAUAAGAAUUAUGAUUGUACAAUACGCUAUACGAUGUAGAAUCCGACGAUUCUCGCCAGUUUGUCGCGAGACAAGUGAGAGACGGAAAAUAUGAAUGCUGAAAUCCGAAGCCCAAAGAAAGGAAUACCUCUUGCUUUUAAGGAGAUCGAUGAUAAUAAUUAGCACGUAAGCGUUUGACUCUUUUUUUCUCUCCCCGACACGGAGAGCUUUCGGAAGUACAGGCGACGAUAGCGACAGGUAGGAAGGUUGAAUAUUAUGCGAGAGAUAAAGAAACAAAACUAUAAUUGCAUGUAAUAUUCAUGUUCAAUCGGGUAACACGUGUGAAAUAUACACAACAGAGCGAGAGUCGCGCGUUACAUGCACGAGCGUUACAUGUACGAUAUAUUCUUUAUGGUUUACGAUUUUUGUUUUUUUUUUUUGCGAACUUUAAAGUUACGAUUACCAUUGUGAGUGUAUCACUGAUAACCAUUGUGUUAGCGAGGAUACUCGACAAAUAAUAAAGAAUUGAAUUUAAUUAUUCAGCAACCAUCUGUCUCCUGGAAGUUUUCGUUUGUCGUCACCUCGGUUCUGUUUUUUACAUUUGUACCGCGAUAAGCACACAAAUGUACAGAGUGUUUCUGCAAGAUCGGUAGAACGUACCUUCAAAGUUGGGCAAGGCCUUCUAGAAACACCCCGUACAAUUGUCGCCUCGAUCCUACACGAAUAGCGUUACAAUUUAACCGUAUUGUUUCGAUGUGUAGUUAAUUUUUGUAUACGACACCAUAUGCAUGAUACUGACACAUUUUCCGUUUUUUUCUUUUUCAGAUACACGCUUGUACUGCUACUGUGGACGUCGUUUCAAGUACAUGUUCUCGAUGCUGUGUCACCAGCGGGACGAAUGCGGCGAGCAGUUCCGGUGCCAUUACUGCAGCUUCAAGACCGACAAACUAUCUAACUGGACGACUCACAUCGACACCUGCGCUCAGUACAUAGACCAGCAAUUGAUGAAAAGGUCCCCGUAGUAAAAUGGGUCCUUCUGGCAUACGUAUGUUAAGAAAAUGUAUACUAGACCGUCACUCUUCGAGUAACGGGUAUAAUCUUUUGGCGUUUUGCGUAUAAUUGGCGAGAGUAUUAAUUACUAUUGCGGUGAACGGUAUACAACAUCGGAUAUUUGUCCACUAGCCGUUAUUCUAAAAUGAUGUUAUCCUAUAAUAUUAGUAAUACGUUAGUCUCCUUUUAAACGGAAUUGUGAAUGUUAUACAACAUCACACGUUUGAUUACUUGAAGUUAUUAUCCAGUAAUAUUAUAAUCUUACUAUAAUCCUAUAAUAAUGGUAUAAUAAUCCUAUGAUAAUCAUAUAAUCGUUGCGGUCAUUUGUUCAAAGCUGUUUCACCUUUUUCUUCGAGACCUAGCCAUCAAAAAUACCAGCGCUUAGGAGACCUCCGUCAUUACAAAAUUCGGAGGUACUCGUGGAAAUUGUCUUGGUGGUUCACGGAUACGAGGUCAAAAAUAAUCGCAAUGUAAACGUUGCUGGUAAGGAAAGGAGUAUAUUUGGAAUUGUCACUCAAAUGCAAUAAAGAUGGAGCAAGCGUGUAGCUGAAAACGCAUUUGUUAUGUAAUCGGUAUACAUGUUCUCGAUGCUGUGUCACCAGCGAGACGAAUGCGGCGAGCAAUUCCGGUGCCACUGCUGCACCUUCAAGACCAACAAACUAACUGAACGACUCGCAUCGACAUCUGCGCUCAUUGCAUAAACCAGCAACUGAUGAAAAAAUCCUCGUAAUAAUAUGGGCCUUUCUGGCAUACGUGUGUUAAGAAAAUAUAUUCUAGACCGCAUUCUUCGAGUAACGGGUAUAAUCUUAUGGGGUUUUGCGGAGAAUUGACAAGAGCGUUAAUUACUAUUGUGGUAAACGGUAGACAACGUCCGAUAUUUGUCCACCAGCCGUUACUCUAAAAUAAUAUUAUCCUAUAAUAUCGGUAAUACGUUAGUAUCCUGUUAAACGGAAUUGUGAAUGUUAUACAACAUCACACGUUUGAUUACUUGAAGUUGUAUCCAAUAAUAUAAUCGUAUAGAUGUAAAACCAUUAUAAUCUUACUAUGUCUUAUAAUAAUUCUAUGAUAAUCAUAUAAUCGUUGCGAUCACGCGUUCAGGGUGUUUUACCUUUUUUUCGAGACAUAGCCAGCAAAAAUAUCAGCGCUUACGAGAUCUCCGUUAUUACAAAAUUCGGAGAUACUCAUGGAAAUCGUCUUGAUGGCUGAAUGAUACGAAUUUACAGAUAAUCGUUGCUGGCGGCGGUAAGGAGAAAAGUACGAAAAUUGAAAUUGUCACUUGAAUUCAAGAAAGAUGGAGCAAGCGUGUCGCUGAAAACGCAUUUAUUAUGUAUGUAUUAUGUACGCGUUAUAUUUUGUAUGUACCGUGACUAUUAGUAGCCUUGCUUUACUAGGGAUUGCGAGCAGCGAACGAAAACUAAUCGAUGUAAACAGCCAUUGUCGAGCGAUUUACGCACAGCGUCGAUUUCUAUGUACUUUCAUCGUCUAUCAUUAUGUAACUCACUCUUUUAUCGCACAGUAAUAAAGAAGCUUAUCUGAAAAUACUUCAUCGAAUCCGAGAACACACAAAAACAAAAUUCUCUGAUCGAUGUUCAUUCGCGAAUGGAUGCGCGAACGAAAAGUAUAAACAUUAACACAGUGCUGCUGUUUCGUUAAGGUUGACCCUGUGUGGAUGCCUUCGGGCUAAACUCUGUCUACCGAGCGGCUACGCGACUUCCUUCGAAGGAAACAAUACGAGCAUUGUCGAUGCGAAUAGGUUCGAUAACCGUAUGACAUGGGCCUGUUUCACGCGAAAGACCCGAGGUUCACGCUCGAGGGCUACGAGCUGUCACCCUCGCUCACCAUAUCUGCGAAGAAGUACGUAUGUACUUGCGGCAAGAUCUACAGCCAAAAGAGUUCCCUGGACCGACAUCUACGCUACGAGUGCGGGAAGAUGCCCAACGUGCCCUGUCCGCAUUGCGGGAAAAUGUUCAAGCACAAACACCACGUGACGCAACACCUGAAGUGCUGCCGUCUCAAAGACUUUCCCAAUUGUUAAUCUCGGCCGGGGAUCCGUGGAAUCUGUUCGAUUUGUUCUUUUAUCGCGCAGUAUUGCUCGACUUUGUCUGACCAUCGCGAUGCAUGGAGCGUGAACAUUGUCUUUGUAAUAUAGUAUACAUAUACAUAUAGUAUGUAUAUCGACUGGCUUCGAUGGAAGUCUACACGACAAUUUUGUAUCGCGCGAGGUUCUCUGAUUUUUACUGUUCACCGUGAAACGCGAAGUGUGUACUUUAUUUUUGUAAUACAUAUCAUCUAGAAACGUCGACGUUUUCUUUAUCCGUCACAGAGUAAAAUGUUUGACGCUUUCAGGGACCGCAGGCGUCGAAGAAUCGCUCUGUUUCGUUUGCCUUUUGGAAUAGAAUUCUUCCCCGCGUACGGUUGACGUUCGAUUGACUCCUCAACUGUGUUCUGCUUGGACAAUUUUGCAGAUGCGAUGCAGCGACGACCAGGUGGCCAUCGUCGACGACCGUCGGGAUCGCGUCAAGAGACAGAGGACAGCCUGCUUUCAAGAUUCUUCUGCGAGAGUUGCGGGAAAUCGUACAAAUGGAGGGAGUCUCUUUUGAAGCACAAGCGCGUGGAAUGCGGGAAGUUGCCGCAGUUCUCGUGCGAAGUUUGCGGCUAUAGAUUCAUGCACAAGCAUCACCUGCGUAAACACAUGACUUCUAUUCACCAAUUGGUUCCUUUGAGUCACGAUGGUAGCUUUUCGAUGAAAAUGACGGCAUCCGGGGGCACGAGUGCGUUUCGAUUCGAGCGAUUGAACAACUUGCAGGGCUCGCAGACUUCAGGUUGGCCGUGCCAGCAGCAGUACGUGGCGAAGCCUUACAGCUGCAGCAACUGCAACAAACGAUACGUGAGACGCGAUUCCUUGUACAAGCAUUUGCGAUACGAGUGCGGAACGGAGCCGAAGUUCGCUUGCACCGUGUGCGGCAGAAGGUUUAAGCGGAAACACCACCUCACCUAUCACCUGACAAACAUGCACAAGCCGAAUUGAACUCCACCUCGCCCAUUUUUGGGGCAGCUUCCGUUCCUUCGAACGUAUUGUUACGACAGAUUGAAUAAACGCCAAGCGAAUGAUAUAUUUUGUACGAAUUAAAUACGAGUCAUCUCGGUUGAAGCAUUGGUCUUCGAAGCAAUAAAUAGCCACUCGUUUAUUGGAAUAAAGAGUUUCGCUCAAUUGUAUCGCGUCCCUUGGGGUUGAAUCUUGAAUAGUAUAAUAUUUUCUAAGCUUGUAACGCAUCGAAACCAUCUCAAAUUCCAUUCGUUACAAGCUUCUGUUGUAUUAUUUUAAAUUCGACCUGCAGAAAGCCGUAAUACAAAUUGUCCGAAACGUUGGUUAUCGAUUCCGAUAAAUAAAUUUCUAUUUAUCGAACUGUGACAUUGGAUUUGGAUGCGUUUCGCUCUCCGAGAAAUAUUCGCGAUCGUGUGUUAUCAUGCUGGAUAACAGACGGUUUCCUUUCACUAACCCAGACCUGUCGAUUAUUACUCGCGUUACGUUUUCAGUAGCGGUGGAGGAACUUUCUACUUUGUAUCAUCGCACCGAGCCACUAUUCGAAACGAUACAAUAACAACAUUUUUCCUAGCCGAGCGUCGACCACCAGCGUAGAGGUUCGCGCAAACGGAUUUCACUGAUGCUGCUUCCUUUCUCGAAUGUUUUUAGUUGUUUGGGGCCCCAUUCUCGUCAAGGGUCAUUCAGACCGGCUGAAACCGUUCGUCUGUCACCUGUGCGGAAAGAGUUACGCGUGGAAGGAGUCCCUGUGUCGUCACCUUCGCGAGGAGUGCGGAGUCGCACCACAAUUCGGUUGCGCGCACUGCGGAAAAACGUUCAAACAACGAUCCAGCUUUCAGAGGCACUUGCUCAACAUACACGGACGCUACGACACAUUCAAACACUGAUCCUAUCGAAAAGUGAAGGACGCUGACAAUUUGCACGAACUCUCACAGAGCGACGAAACGCGCUCGAGGACCAAAAACGUUGAGAAAAGAGCGUGAGGAGAGAAUAUAGGAGAAAAGAACGACGAACUAGUUUAGCGAUUAACUGCAAAUAGAAUUCGUGGUAUGCCAAAAAUAUCUUGUACACGACACCGUGGCCCGAAACUUUUAUAAUAAACAUUGUUCGAUCCCGUGAACCUUCUAUUUUAGUCCGAACUGAUUUUUUCGUUCUGCUCUCGGUAUUUUGGUCGCACAGUCGGUUUGAUAGGAAGUGCGUCCGAUAACGGGCAACAGGUAAGAGUCGAUUACUUCAUCCCUCGGAUCCUUAUCAUUCGUUUAGUGUUUCCUCGACGAAUUUUCAUUUCUGCAUGCGAUCUACUGGUGUCGAUAACCAAGUUUCAACGAAUUAUAUCGAAAUGUUCAAGUUACCCUUAACUCGAGCAUUUAAAUAUAACACGUCUAAACUACGCGCGAUUGCCGUUCCCGCGAGUCAUUUUAUCAUAACAAGCAACAUUUACAUCGAAUUUAACCCAAGGAUCAGGAAAUUGGAGUGGAUAUUUCAGAAGGAUCUGGAAAGUAUAUUCUUCGACCUCACCGUUAUCUGUUAGCUUUGCUUCGCGUUCUGUCAGCUCGAUUAUUCAGUGGUGUACGA